AAAAGAAAAGAGAGUGGCGGGGUAAAAGAGAAUUGCAAGAAGUAAAGAAGGGGGUGUGUGUGUGUAAGAAGGCAUCAAUGGCAACACCAAAGCAGAUAUGGGAGCAACAGCAAUCACAGAUGCAGCGAGUGAAGAACUCAGGGAUUAUCAGUAGCAACGGGAGUCCAAUAAAAGACGACAAGGAAGAGGAAAUGGCAAAAUCUGCAUUGGCAUUGUUUCGAGCAAAAGAAGAAGAGAUUGAGAGAAAGAAGAUGGAGAUGAGGAGCAAGAUUCAGACUUAUAUGGGACGUGUCGAAGAAGCAACUAGGCGCUUGGCAGACAUUCAAGAAGAGCUUGAUGCUCUCAUAGAUCCAAUGAGGAAGGAAGUUGCAAUUCUGCGCAAGAAGAUAGACACCGUGAACCGGGAGCUGAAACCACUGGGACAGAGCUGCCAGAAGAAGGAAAGGGAAUACAAAGAAGCCCUUGAAGCCUUCAAUGACAAGAACAAGGAGAAAGCACAACUGGUUAGCAAAUUAAUGGAGCUGGUGAGUGAAAGCGAGAGAUUGAGGAUGAAGAAACUUGAGGAGCUGAGCAAAAACAUCGAAACCCUUCAAUAGAUUGUGCUGACUACAACAACAUGAUUUGUUUGUGUGCUGUAAUUAGAUCCAGUUUUCUGAUAUGUUUGGUGCAUUUAUUGUUCAUGGUUUCUCUGGUUCCUCAAUGGGAAGUUUUCUAAUUUAGGAAAGUAGUCACUGAGAGGUUUGUCACCAAAUCCAAACAGGCCAACUUUAUUUGUUCUUUAUGCUUGCUCAAGCAUCAUUGCACAGUAAAUUGCUCGUGUUUGUCUGUAAGCCACCUAUUUAAUUAAAAAAAAAAAGUGAUGUGCCACCAUAAAAAUUUGGUCAAUAAUUUGAAUU